GUUCUAUUAAAUAAAAUUAUGAAUGUGAGUAGGACAUAAAGUGAUAUUAAAAUAAUUAAUAAAAAAGUUAUUAGUGAUCCAAAUUUUUGGAAGUGAGAAGACCAGCUUGAAAUAUGGGACACAAUUUAAAAUGUAUCCUGUUUGCAACAAUUAUCUACCUGAAUUUGAAUUUAGCACAUGCCAAUUUUACUACGACAGAAUUUUAUACAGAAGAACCACCAGAGCCAGAAGAAGAUGUACAAGAGCAUCAGCCUCCGGACGAACUACCAGCCUUUGUUCACCAUGUGUUAGAAACCACAGUCAAACCUCCUGGUCCUUGUCAUUCUUAUCGACCAGGAGACCAUGAUUUGCAGACUUUUGACCUGAUUCGAAGUUUUCGGUUGGAUUUACCACAAACUCAGUACCCAGGAGUCAGCAGGGUACGAGGGAGUAACAGGGUGCAGACUGCUUAUAGGCUGGACAGGGAGGCUGAUCUUACUUUAUCUACAAGCGAUGUUUUCCCACAAGGUCUUCCAGAACAGUUUUCAUUCGUCUGCACCUUCCGAACGCGAAAACUUCUUAAGACACCUUGGCAUUUGAUGAGAAUCGAAGGCAGCAAUUUGGGAGGUCCUCCACAACCUCAAUUCCAAAUCACGUUGAAUCCUAGAAGAGGUUCUGUUGAAUUUUCCAUCAUCAACAUGGCUGGGGAACUGCAGACGUUGAUCUUCAACAACGCCAAUGUUUUUGAUAAACAUUGGCACAAAAUUCACAUCGGGGUGAAUCACAACAGGGUCGAACUGUAUGUGGAUUGUGAAGAGGCUUCUUCUGUGCUUCUCAAACCACGGGGCGAGAUCGAUCCUCAUGGAAUUAUUACUUUGGCGAAAAUGGCAGCCAGUUCGCAGACCGUACCUAUUGAUUUGCAAUGGAUGCUGAUCAGUUGUGAUCCUCAUACACCAGAAAAGGAUACUUGUGAUGAACUGCCGAGAGUACGACAAACAGUAUCCUUGUUAAGUCCUGCCGAAGGAAUGUGCGACACUGUAUGUCCUCAAGGACCUCCUGGUUAUAAUGGAACUCAGGGUCGUCGUGGGCCACCUGGCCCAAUUGGACCUAUCGGAGAGCCAGGUUUUCCAGGACCACCUGGCCAGAAAGGUUCUUUGGGUCUGCCUGGGAGAAGAGGAGCAACAGGAUUACCAGGUUUUCCUGGUCCUCCAGGUCUGAUGGGACCUCCUGGACGUGAUGGUAAUGAUGGCGCACCAGGACCAAAAGGAGAUACUGGUGAUAGAGGAUUUCCUGGUGUAGAUGGCAUUCCUGGAGCACCAGGCUUACCAGGACCUCCUGGAUUGCCAGGACAAAAAGGAGAAUCAGGUUAUUUGGAAGCAGGAGCACUUCUAAAUUCAGUUGCUGGACCUGAAGGGCCUCCGGGUCCGCCUGGUCAACAUGGUUUACCCGGACUUCCCGGCAGAGAUGGAUUAGAUGGCUUGAAAGGUGAACCAGGUUUUCCAGGAGAACCGGGACCUCCAGGACCCCCAGGCUUGGUAACAGAAGUUUUUGGCAGCAGAGGAACUAUAGAAGGUCCUCCUGGACCUAAAGGAGACCAAGGUGAACGUGGCUUUGAUGGUCUUCCUGGUUUACCAGGAGAAAAAGGAGAACGAGGUUUUGACGGUAUACCUGGAAGGCAAGGCACGCCUGGAAUACAAGGCAAUCAAGGAUUACCCGGUGUUUCGGGACCAGUAGGUCCAGCUGGUCCUAGCGGUAUGAAGGGAGAACCAGGAGAACCUGGACCACCAGGAAUUCCAGGAGGUUCAGCCGUUGGUGAAACUAUUAGCUUACCAGGUCCAGCUGGUCCUCGUGGUCCUGCAGGUCGAGAUGGAACGAAAGGUGAACGAGGCGAACAAGGUCCUCAGGGUCCCCAAGGAUUGCCAGGAAUAGAAGGAGCUGCGGGAAUGGACGGAUUACCGGGUAUUCCCGGAGCACCAGGCGAAAAAGGCGAACGGGGUACCGAUGGAGUUCCUGGACGUGCUGGAAGGGAUGGAACACCUGGAGCGGCAGGACCAUCAGGACAGAAAGGAGAUCGAGGUGAUGAGGGUCCUCAGGGACCAGUUGGUCCGAGGGGAUUAUCAGGCAAUCAGGGUUUGGUUGGUUUGCCAGGUGCUCCGGGAGUAUCAGGCGCUCCUGGCCUCUCAGGUCCAAGUGGUCCGCCAGGACCUCCGGGACCUCCCGGACCUCCAGGAGAUCCAGCUCCGCCGGCAGGACCGGCUUUGCUGGUAUCCGGAGACGGAAGUGGCGUUGGUAUACCUGGUGCAAGUGGACCACGAGGUCAUCCAGGAUCUCCAGGAAUGCCUGGAGAACGAGGCGCAGCAGGCGAUAGAGGUCCCGAGGGACCAUCUGGUUUACCAGGUAUGCCUGGAAAAGAGGGGCCACCAGGAAUGCCAGGACCUCCGGGACAAAGAGGGCAACCCGGAUUUCCGGGACAACAAGGACCUCCGGGAAAAUCAUUUACUGAAGCUGAAGUAAAAGAUAUUUGUAUGCAAGUCUUACGUGAUCAGCUGAGCGACAUCUCCGCCAGUAUGACUGGUCCUCCUGGUCCACCAGGCCGGUCCAGGGUCGGACGGCCAGGGCCACCGGGCUUACAAGGGCCCACAGUUCGACUUAAGGAAUUAUUGUCCGGUUUGAGAGGACCAAUCGGGCUGCCUGGUAGAUAUAGAAAUGGACAAACCGGCCUGCAAGGGCCGUCAGGAAUACCAGGAGAUCAAGGUCCUCCUGGCUUGCAAGGCGAGCGAGGAUUCGCUGGCCUUCCUGGUCCACCUGGACCACCAGGUAAUCCAGGACCUCCUGGUGAAAGAGGAGAUAAGGGUGACCGAGGUCCAGAAGGAGUAGGCCGGGAAGGCCAAAUGGGUCCAAGAGGUCCUCAAGGCCCACCUGGUAAUGACGGUUUAGGAAUACAAGGAAGACCUGGCGAAAGAGGAGAAAGUGGUAGACCAGGUACUCCGGGACCCAGAGGCGCUCCUGGACCCCAAGGAGUAUGUCCAGAUUGUUAUUAUACAGCAUCAGCUAACAACUACCAGAGCUAUCAUACCCAAGGACAUCAAAAAGGACCUACACCUACACGCUAA